UACAUGACAUGACACGACAUGCACAACAAAAGACGUUUCUUGGUAAAUUAAAGUUCGACAAAUUAGGACCUGCACAUGCAUGCACUACUAGUCUCAUGCAUGUACAAUUUUCAACCACUAACUUGUACCAUAUCUCUUUUUCGUGUUUGGUCUCAGUGUUGUUCAACAUGCUGAUGUAUCUACCCUCCAAUUAGUCUCUUCUUUUCUCACCACUACACAUAUAAAUAUAUGUUCAGUCAGUUACCUAAGAAGCAAUAAUCUAGCAGUAGUACAUAAAGGAUGGGGGGGCUCAGCGUAAGAACCAGCAGCAGCAGCAGGAAAAUGAGGGUUGUGGGAUGUAUUUUAAGGUUGAAGGGUGUGUUGGAAAAGCUUCAAAAGAGCGUCUUGUUGCGGAGACAUAAAUCAAGUUCCUGUGGAGGAGAUUAUGAAGAAAUAGGAGAUGACAGAGGGUGUGUUGCUGAAGAUGUGAAAGAAGGGCAUUUUGCUGUGAUUGCAAAGGAUAAUAUAGGAGAGGAGGCAAAGAGAUUGGUGGUUCCGUUGAGCUGUUUAAAGAACGCAACAUUCUUGAGGCUGUUGGAGGAAGCAGCAGAAGAAUAUGGGUUUGAUCAACAUGGUGCACUAACCAUACCUUGCAGGCCUAGUGAACUUGAGAUGCUAUUGGCUCAACAAUGGAAAGAAAGAAGGCGAUUCUGAUGCUGCUAGGGAAAAUUCCUGCAGAAAAACCAUGGCUAAAAGCUACAA